CAAAAUUCACGUGUUUACGAACUGACAUAAUGCAAAAUUAUUCUUUAGAGUGGAAAAGUAUUUUCUAUUGAUAUUUCCAUCGUGACAAUUGGAUGGAAACAUUUCCUCAGCAAUUAAGCUGAUGCUAGGCAUUUAUUCAGGGAUGAUGUUGGACUAGGAAUUCUUCUAUGAUGAUAUUUUUAUCGUCUUCUUUGAGGCUCUGCAGAUUCACAAAAUGUUGCAACAAUAUUUUAACAACUUCAUACUCUGCGAGACCUGUGAUAAAAGAAGAGUCCCUCCAGGAGCCACCAUGGAUAACAGUUUCGAGUUCCUCAAAAACAAAAUUAAAAUUCAGUCCAGAGGAUUUAAUACCUCCAGCGCAAUUAAUACCGAAAAAACUUGACGCCAGUAUUGAAAAUGCCAAAAAUUCAGAGGGAUGGAAUAAACUGGCAUUGGAAUCUAGUAAAAUCCACAAACACUGUCUAGCAUUAUCAAAAAUCCGUUUAACAUCUCUGGUUGUAAUUACGACGAUGGGAGGAUAUGCCCUAGCCCCAGGUGCUUUUGACCCCCAGACAUUCAUCACGUGUGCCCUUGGGACUGGUCUAGUAUCAGCCACAGCAAACUCGAUAAAUCAAUUUUUUGAGGUGCCAUUCGAUGCUCAAAUGUCGAGAACGAAAAAUCGAGUCCUGGUACGGGGCCAUGUGACACCCGCACAUGCUGUCGCCUUCGCAGCAAUUUCUGGUAUCACUGGACUGUCAAUUCUAUAUUUCACAGUCAAUGGAUUGACAGCUGCCCUCGGCGCAGCUAAUUUGGUGCUCUACACAAUGAUUUAUACACCAAUGAAACGAGUGUCAAUUCUCAAUACGUGGGUUGGAUCUAUUGUCGGUGCUAUUCCACCGCUGAUGGGUUGGGCAGGCUGUGCAGGUGAUCUAUUAGCACCUGGAGCUUGGGUGAUGUCUGGGAUGCUGUACGCCUGGCAAUUUCCCCACUUUAACGCUCUCUCCUGGAAUCUCAGGCCUGACUACAGUCGCGCUGGCUACAGGAUGAUGGCUGUCACCAAUCCAGGACUUUGCAGAAGAACUGCCUUGAGAUACACUGGGGUAUUGAUGGGACUGUCAUACUUGUCACCGAUGUUGGACGUCACUAACUGGUGGUUUGCUGCUGCUUCCACCCCUCUCAAUGCAUAUUUCCUCUACUUAGCUUGGGAGUUCAAUAAGAAAUCGGAUAGCGCGAGUUCUCGAAAGCUGUUUCGUUUUUCCCUGAUUCACCUACCAAUUCUGAUGAUCAUGAUGCUGUGCAGCAAGAAGUCCUGGGCGAGUGAAACUAGCGACGAGAGAACGAGUCAGAAAAUUAGUGUAAAGGCCGCAGAUUUAAUAGAGAAUUCAAUGAGACUCUUGUCUCCCACCUCAGCGUAGAUUAAUUGAUUUUUAAUUGUGUAAAAACAAACGUGUACAGUCUAUCAACCCUAUGUACAUAAAUAACUACUAUGUAAUUAAAUUAUGAAAACAAUCGAAUAAACGAUCUCUUAAAGGAAAUUUCCCCAUCA